ACUUCAAUUUGUGCAACUCUUCAAAUACUUUUUUUUCAAAAGGCUACAUAAUUAUACUCUCGAUAUGUUCGGUUUCUAUGAAAAGCCAAAUUACCCUGAUGUAUAUAUGAAAAUACAUGAACCAAAUCCAAAUGGUUCUUUUUUCAGUAGCUAUUUAAAUCAACAGUCUGUCAUUGCUGAUCCGAAGACUGGCGCACGCCAGAGUAGCAUGGUUUUGACCAAUAACGAAUAUUCAGAAGUCAAAACAAUGAUGGACUUAUUCCAUAGAGGGCUUUCUUUAUCCCGUUCAAGAAAAUGUUUAGGUAGCAGAUAUACUACUAACGAACCAUAUUCAUGGAUUACUUAUCAAGAAGUUGAUGAAAAAAUUCAGGCUUUUGGAUCAGCACUUGUUAAAAUCAUGGAUAAGUAUCCAGAGUCAGAAAGGUUUGUAGGUAUUUACGGUCGAAAUUCACCUCAGUGGUUUAUUACACAAUAUGCCUGUUUUUGUUACUCGUUUACUGUUGUCCCUCUGUAUGCUACUUUGGGUGAUCCAGCUAUGCAACAUAUUCUUAAACAAACUGGACUCGUCAUAUUAAUGUGCCAUUCAGCAGAUUUAGCCAUCAAAAUCCUAGAGAACUUUAAUUCAUCAUUAAAAGUCAUUAUCAUUGCUGUCCAGGAUCAAAGUUUUGAAGAUCUAAAAACCCAGUAUGGUUCUUCGGUGAACAUUUAUUCAUUUGACGAAUUCUCGGAUCUGGGAAGAAGUGAUCUUAAACCGAAAAUGCCUCCAGCUGAGAAAGAUCUAUGCCUUAUCUGUUAUACCAGUGGCAGUACAGGCUUGGCUAAGGGUGUCAUGAUUAGUCAUGAAAAUUUGGUAGAUACAAUCUGCUCUACAAUGGAGUCUACGGAAGCAAAGUUGUAUUGUCGGAAUUCUGUUCACAUUUCAUAUCUACCUUUUGCUCAUGUAAUGGAGCAAGUUACUUCGGCUGCUGCUGUAUUUUGUGGAGCACAAAUCGGAUUCCUUACUGGAGCAAUCACUGGCUUGUUACAUGAUGCUGAGGCUCUAAAACCUACAGUACUUCCGGCGGUUCCACGUGUCUUGUCGCGUAUAUAUGAAAGAUAUCAGAAUGCACUUGGUAAUUCAUUUAUAAAAAGGUAUCUGUAUGAAUAUACUCUUAAAAGAAAUCUGAAGAUUUUAAACAGUGGGAAAAUUAAUCGUGAUGAUAUUCUUGAUACACUUUUUUUCAAGAAGCUCCGUCAGGCUCUUGGUGGAAGAGUAUGUAUGAUAGUUACAGGGGGUGCACCUAUUUCAUCGGAUCUGUUCAACUUCUUUCGAGCUGCUUUCAAGGGUCUUAUUGUCGCAGGUUACGGAUCAACUGAAGUUUCCGGUGUAACUAGCGUAACUGUCCUAGGGGAAUCGCAUGAAGGUACUGUUGGUGCGAUCACUUCUAGGAUAGAAGUCAAACUCGCUGAUGUCUCAGAUAUGGAUAUUGUAGCUCUCAGAGAUAACAGAGGCGAGAUAUGUAUUAAAGGGAAACGGUGUACCAAAGGUUAUUUCAAAGACCCUGAAAGUACAGCCCAAAUUAUUGAUGCUGAUGGUUGGUUACAUACUGGUGACAUUGGAGAAUGGACUACUGACCGACUAUUUGUGCACCCAUAACUCCGUUUUCCCCAUCAUUAAUGUAGUUGUUCCAUGUUAAUACUUAGCUGAUCCACUGCGUGAUCUGGUCUUGUAUGUAUAUAAAUGUCUGAAAUAUAGUAACGAUCUUGGACGGGUGAAAAUUGGUCUUGUGUUCUUCCUCUUCGUUCGGGGUUAGUUAGUGUUGAGCCGACCGUCAAGUAUCGAGUACCACUCUUCCUCCUCUUUGCUAUGUAAUGGUUGAUUAUGAUCUACGUAGUUCUCGUUUUAUUUCUUCUGUGUUGUUACCUAUUGUUCAGUUGUCUGUGUUCUACUUAAAAUUAUAUAACUCAUCCUCCCAUAAACACUUAAAUACAUAAAUUAUAAUAGUUCUUUGUUAUGUAUAGUUUUGAUUGAUGAUAUCCAGGUGGCUGAAACUCUAUGUCAUUGUUUCAGAAAACUGCAAUCAACGUAACCCACUAUGUAUUAAGUUUACUCUAGAAUAAAUUAGUGCUUUUUAGGACCAUGUUAUGACUUUAUGUCCGGCUUUCUAUCACGUGAUUUAUACACCAAUCAAAAUACGACUUAUACGAUCUUAGCACUGUGCCAAACCAAUGACGUUCGACCGGUAUGAGCAGCCUAGCCUCCCUAUUGAUCCUAUGUUCGCCUAGCCCGUCCACUUGAGUCCAGAACACCAAUAUCAGUUUCCACUAUGCGAAUCAUAUAUUUAAAACAUACUGUAUUUAUGUAUCAUCCAAACAGACCGCAACGCACCAUAAAAUAGGAAAUAACAUUUGUACACAAUAAAGCCAAAAAGUGGCUGUGAACGUGGGAGGCAGUAGUUAAUAAACUGAACAUUGCUUUCGAACAGUAAAUCGUACAAUAAUAAAUUAUAGGUCAAAACAAAACUUAUAACAAGGGGAAUAUAGAUAUUUAUACCAUGAGAGCAUAUAAAUAAUAUUAGUUCAUUAAUAGUCCUCGAAAGUUACCCGCAAUUGUCUUUUUUUCAACAGUAAAGUAUUAUGACCUCAGCACAUGCUCUUUUCUUUAACACUUCAAAGGAAGGCGCCUUGAAAAUUGUUGAUCGUGUAAAAAGUAUGUUCAAGCUGGCACAGGGCGAAUAUGUAGCUCCAGAAAAAAUAGAAGUGGCUUAUCAGGACUGUCAAAUUAUAGACCAGAUAUUUGUUGAUGGGAAACCGGAACAAAAUUUCCCUGUCGCUGUUGUCACUCCGAAUUUCGUAAACUUACGUUCAUGUAUUAAUUCUUACCUAAAAUCUGAUGGUAAUGUAGAUGGUGGGAAAAUACUCGAUCUGAAACCAUCAGAUAUUUCUCGAUUAUCUGACACCGAUAUUUGCAAAAACAUAGAAAUUCGUCGAUUUGUUUUGCGAAAAAUGAAUGAAGUCGCAACAGAAAAGGGAUUAAAGUUAUUUGAAAUGGUACAAUCUAUCUACCUAAAUGAUAAUCCAUUUACUGUUGAAAAUGGAUUGUUAACUCCAACCAUGAAAAUAUCACGUCAAAAUGCCCGUCGACACUUCCAAUCUAUCGUUGAAUCACUAUACUCGGAAACAGAUGUUCUGAAGGCCAAUGCAUAAGUAACAUUUGUAAUUAAGAGCUCAAUUUAUCCCACCGCCAUUGUUCACUAUCUUAAGUCAUAAAAUCACAUCACAUACAGCAAUCAUCCUGUUGUUCGUACAUAAACAAAUACAAAGGGAGCACCCCAUCGUUAUUUCUUUUUUCUACUACAAUUAUAUUGUUUAUUGACUUUUUUUAAUUCGUGCAAAACCAUCCAUAUUAUAUAUGUAUUUCUAUUUUAUUCAUUCUAUCCUGGGUGACAAUUUACCGUGAAACUCACUCCUAUUUAUUUACUUUAAAAAAUUUAUAUUUCUUCAGUUGAAACAGUAAAUUACAAAAAUCCAACCACGCAAGAGAGGUAGCGUGAAGGACUUAAAACGAAAAUCCAUUAAAAAAUAUUUUAGCUACGAA